UCCUCUGUUUUUUUUUGUGUGCGUGCGUGUGUGUGUGUGUGUGUGUGUGUUGGGUGGAGUCAACCCGGAAUUCUCCAAAUUGGAAAUCCAUUGGCACAUUUUGAGGAGCACCAUGAAGGACGGUAUCGCCAACAACAGCACCGCCAGCAUCUCCCAAGCCAGGAAAGCUGUGGAGCAGCUGAAGAUGGAGGCCUGCAUGGAUAGGAUAAAGGUAUCCAAAGCAGCUGCAGACCUGAUGGCGUACUGCGACGCCCACAUACGCGAGGACCCGCUCAUCGUGCCCGUCCCCGCCUCCGAGAACCCUUUCCGGGAGAAGAAGUUCUUCUGCACCAUCCUCUGAUGACCUGCCGGUAGAGCUGUACAGGUGCAGGCAUGGCGUUGCCUGCCUUCUCUGUCGUCACCACACCUGAAGCUACUGGCCAUAGGCGUUGAGUUGAGUUUUGCCAGGUGGACACUCUGUUGUUGGUCAGCUCUGUCCUGGUGGCUGAGGGUUUUGGGGGAGUCAGCUACCAAACUGGCAACCCAGUGAGCGUAUCAUGUCUUGUUAAAUAGGUUUGUUAUUGCUUUGUUAUUAGAGAACAGCCUUGCUCAGUGCUUAAUGAGAUGAGAGAUGUUUUUCUUUCUUUUUUCUUUUAUUGUGCUAGAUCUUAACAUGCCUCAGGAAACAGAAAUGUGCCCAGUGUCUACCACCUUUUUAAAACAUUUAUUCCCUUUCCCUUUAUCUGAAUAAAAAACAUUUAUCUUUGUAUCAUCUUGAACAUAAUUUGAGUUAGUUUUUAUUGCUUUCAGAGCACAGGUUUGACUAUUUGUAGCAACACUUACUGAAAGUACUACUGAAAUUUGACACUUCCCUCACUAGUGGUUUCUGUUUCAAUUUGCCUGUAGAGUCAGCAACAGUUAACCCGCUCGCGUUAGUGCUGCAGUACAGUCCGAUUCUCAUUAGAGCCCACAAACAGAAACCUUAUCUCAAAUAGUGAAUUCUUUCGGUCUGUAAUAAUAAGCAGGGGGCUGCACAUCAGUUCACCUGCGAAUAAAUAAAUAGACUCUGUUUAUUGAAAGGUGCACAGCUAAUGUUUCAAUGGCGAGAUGAGUUCUUCAGGGUUAUCACUGUGCAAACAACCCUCAAGUCAAAAAUUAUUUAUGAAUCUGCCGCCUCCUUCCCAUGCCCGCUCUAAUGCAUUCUACCUUUACUGCUCUGUUUGAUUUACUCCUCAUAUACUUCAUCCACUUCAAAUCAGAGACACUAUCAGUUAAUCCUGCGGCCCCACGACUGGAAUAUUUUUACAAGCUGCAGGAUAUCUUCUCCUCUUAUUUCCUUAACGGGUCUCAUUUGUUUGCUGGGCAUGUUUCCUGAGCCUGAUUCUUUUUGCCUGUCCUCGAGUGAAUGGCACGGCCUUUGACAUUAAUGCCAGACCAGAGGCCUGCAUGUUUCUCUGCUCCUUUUUGACAGCCUCCUCUGUUUCCGAGGGGCCGUCAGUCUUUUAGAGUGUACAGUAUGUUACAGUGCCAAUUUCUGUGAGAGCAGUGUGAUCCUCGCACUGUGUUCCCGCAGCCUUUUUUCCGUUCUGUUUGUUUUGGAAGAAAAAGCACACUGUCGAAAAACAUUUCCUUUACAUGGUAGUUGAAUAGCAUUUGCUAAUUUUUACGAUGAAUUGUUAUGAUCGUUAUUAAUAUUGUUAUUAUCAGUAGUAUUAUUGAAUAUUUGUUGCAUAGCACUGACAGCUACAUGACGUGUAGUGCUACUAAGCUUGUAUGAUACUUAGGAAAAAAAGACAUUUAUAAAUCAUGCAAUUAUUGAUACUAUCUGAGUAUUUUUUAAAAAUAAGGGUCGGUUUACAUAAUAUGAUCCCUUCGGUGGUUCAGGCUUUUUUGCAGCAUCGUUUCUGUAAAUUAAAGGAAAUUUCCUCUUGGUACUUGAAUAGCCAUUGAAUUAGGAAUUAAACUCUGAUGCUAGACUGUCACAAACACAAAACUAUUGGACUCAAAUUGUUUUCAGGAUCAUUAUCGUUAUCAUUUCCUAUCUGGAAACCUGAGACUGACCUCAGGGCGCUCUCACUGACCUCAUCUUCAGGACGGUGCCAAAUCUGAAACAAGAAAUAUAACGGCUAGAGAUGAAUAUUGCAUGGAUUUAUUUCUAUCUAUAACAGAGAGAACUAUUAUGAGAUGAAAUAUUGCCUCCUCAUUGACUUUCUGGGUGCUACUCUGCACAUAAUAAUCUCAUUGGAGUCCGGAUAUGUUGACAAUGUGCAGCUGUAUACAUGAAUGGUAUUAUUGUUUUGGAAAAAAAAUAGCAUUUAAAUAGCAGGCUUUGUAAAUCAUUUGAUGGAUCAAAUGAAUUAAAGGAAAAGGGCAACCCAGAUGUGCCGUGUCUUCAA